CUCUCCCCGCAGCGCAGCCAUGCCGUUCAGCAGCACCCACAACAAGCACAAGCUGAAGUUCUCCCCCGAGGAGGAGUUCCCCGACCUCUCGAAGCACAACAACCACAUGGCCAAGGUGCUGACCCCCGCCCUGUACCAGCGCCUGCGCGACAAGGAGACCCCCAGCGGCUUCACCCUCGACGACGCCAUCCAGACCGGCGUGGACAACCCCGGCCACCCGUUCAUCAUGACCGUGGGCUGCGUGGCGGGGGACGAGGAGUCGUACGAGGUGUUCAAGGACCUGUUCGACCCCGUGAUCCAGGACCGCCACGGGGGGUACAAACCCAGCGACAAGCACCGCACCGACCUCAACCACCAGAACCUCAAG